CGCGGCGGGUGCCGGCCUCCCUUUGCGGAGCGCUCUUCUGCGGCGCGGACCAGCCCUGCUGCUGCUCCCUCCUCCUCCUCCUCCGACCAUGGCGUUGCCCAGUAGUUGACGUUGGGUCUCUCCCCUUUCUACCUUCUCCUCUUUCUCCAGCCCCUUUCUUCCCCCCCUCUCCCCCGGGUCCCGGCCCAGGCGCGUAGGCGGCCGGUACCGGAGGCACCGGGUCCCCAUCCCCACCCCUCCGGAACAGGCUGCGGGAGUCGGGCCGGGCGGCUGCCGGACGCGCCAUGAACAUCAUCAUCGGCAUCGGCGGGGUCACCAACGGAGGCAAGACCACCCUCACCCGCAAGCUGAUGCAGGCCCUGCCCAACUGCAGCGUGGUGCACCAGGACGACUUCUUCAAGCCCCAAGAUGAAAUAGAAGUUGAAGAUGGGUUUAAACAGUAUGAUGUGAUUAGUGCAUUAGAUAUGGAAGCUAUGAUGAGUACCAUAAACGCUUGGAUCAAAAACCCAGUCAAGUUUGAACGUUCCCAUGGGAUCAACAACACACUGGAUGCCCAGAUCUUGCAAGAUAAGGAGGGAGGAGAUGAAACAAUCCACAUUCUUAUUGUUGAAGGCUUCCUACUUUACACCUACAGGCCACUGAUUGAUGUGUUCCACCAUAGAUACUUUCUCUCCAUUCCAUAUGAAGAGUGUAAAAGGAGGAGGAGUUCAAGAAACUACACUGUACCAGAUCCACCUGGAUUGUUUGAUGGCCAUGUUUGGCCCAUGUAUGUAAAGCACAGGAAGAUAAUGGAAGAUCUUGGAGUUGAUGUGGUGCACUUGAAUGGAACAAAAUCAAAGGAGGAGCUGUUUAACGAUGUGUAUGGACAGAUCCAGAACAAGAUUGAAGAAUUACUUAACGUGCAGAACUAAGCUGAUGAUGAUUCUUGUGCAUGAAGAUGAUUCCUGUUCCAUGCUGUCUGCCUGACUGCCACUAAAGUUCCGGCUUCUGUGAAGACUCUCAACUCAAAGUUGACUUUGUUCAUAUGGUCAUAAUUAAAAAGCACUUCCCCCUUGUCUGUCAUCUUAA